CGCGUCGUGCUAUGUGUAAAAAGUUAAAAUGUCGGAGAAUUCGAAUAAAAGCAACGAAAAUGGGCCUAGCUGCCUGCAUUGCAGUGCGUACAAUUCAAAGCAACAAUAUCAGGAAAUAUUCGAUGAAGUGGGCAUCGAAAUUGAGCUCGCCGACCUGCUGGCCAAAUAUUUCCAAAUAGUUGUCAAGCCAGACCCCCAAAAGUCGCAGCUGCUGUGCCAGGAGUGUGUAAAUACUCUUAUACGUUUCUUUGACAUAGACGAGCUGCAACGGGAGCAGGAUGCCGCCAAUGCAGGCAAAAAGAAUGCCGUCAAGCAGCAGGAACUUGUAAUUGUCUCGCCUCCCGUGCCCGCAGUUGCCGCCAAAAAGGAUGCAAAGCUCGCCAAAAAGCAAAGCCCGCCGCCGCCGCCGCCCAAGGCAGCGCCAACAGCGGCAAAAAGUACGCCAGUGACCGUCAAACUGUUGGCGACAUAUGUUAAAUCAGAGAAACCUCCGUCGGCGGAGGCUACGGAUGCUCCUCCACCAAAAGCAGCUGCAGGUGCCCCGGCCAUACGCAUUGCCAGGGUCAGAACUGUUACCCCGAAACGUUUGCCGGUUAAAAUUAAGGAAGCGGUCAAAGCGGUCGCUAAAAGUCACAGCAGCAGAGAAGCCGGGUCAGCGGAUCAGGAGCAGAUAAGCGCACUAAUACGAGACAUUCUUGAAGAUGAGGAGGCGCCAGGCGAUGAUAAAUUUGUUGAGGCAGCGGCCACAGUGCGUCAGCUGGAGAAACAAUCAGGCACGAAUAAGCGCCAGCUGAAGGUGGUGGUGCAGCAAGAGCGGGCGGAGGAAGAGUGCCAGACUCUGAACGAACAGGAAAACAACGAGGAGCUAGAGUUUCUGCUCGAGCCUGAUGAUGGCUCCUCCGACUUGGAUGUGCGUCAUUUCAAAGUAGAGCGCAAAGUCAAAAGCGUCACAGCGCAGUCACAGAAUGAGAGCCAAAGCGAUGAUGAAUCCUUCAAAGUGGAACCUUUCAAUUUUGUUUUGAUCAAGGAAUCUGAUAACAUUGGCGAUCUGCACGAGUAUUUGUCCACCGUGGUCAAGACCAGCUUUGAGACUUUGCAAUUCGAUUGGGCCACGGUGUGCCGUCAUUGCUCGCUAAAGUCCACCAAAUAUGAGACGUUGCUCAAUCACAUGCUGAAGCGCCAUCAGCUGUCGGAGGAUCGCUACAGUUGCCCCAUUGAGGGCUGUACGGCGGAGCUGCAGGGCCGCAAAUACCUGGCGAUGCAUUUGGUGGUGCUGCAUGCGCCCGUGGCGGAAAUACCCAUUUAUGGCAAGUGCCCCGAGUGCAACAUGACCUUCUCAAACAUAUUGCAAUACAACAAACACUCUUGCGCGCAUGUCAUCAAGAAGCGUCGCGGAAUACGCCUGUACUGCGAGAUGUGCGGCUUGGAGUUUCCCUCCUGGAAGCGCUUUAAUUUCCACAAUCAAUUUCAUUUGGAGCGCCACAGACCGCGCGUCUGUUUUGUGUGCGACUAUGCGGACACCAACAUAGAUGAGCUAUUCCAUCAUUUGCACUAUGCACACGAGCCCGAGGGCACGCUCUUCUGUGAUCUUUGUGAUCGCAAUUUCCGUGACGCUGCCGUUUUUAUGGAACACAAUAAGUCGCAUUCGAAUGUCAGCAGCACCACCUACAGCUGUUCCGAGUGCAGCGCCAAUUUUGAGACACGCGGCCGACUUAAUGCUCACAUGCGCUCCGUACAUGGCAGCGUGAUCAGCUGCGAGCUAUGCAGCCGCGAAUUUGCUACGGAGGCCACCUACAACCUGCACAUGAAGACGCAUCUAAUCAUUGAGCGCGAGGUGCAUGUGUGCAGCAAUUGCGGGCUGCUUAGCGAAAAUAACGACAAAAUGAUGGCUCAUGUGGGAAAUGAGGAUUCAGCCUGCCUUGGCAUGGAUGUCUAUGCGGAACAGUUGCGUAAUGCUUAUAUAUGCGAAUAUUGCUCCGCGUACUUCAAGCACAAAAGUGAUUUGAGCGCGCAUCGCGAUUCGGGCGUGCAUAAGGAUGGUUUCUUCUUUUGUCAGCCUUGUGGCAAGGAGUUUGCCGACAUGAAACUCUAUCGUCAUCAUUUGCGCAACUUUCAGCAACAGCGCACGGAUGUGGCGCAUCGCAGGCUGGAGAUUGGUCUGUACUACAUGUGUGAUUAUGAGGAUUGCACUGAGGCCUAUAUAAACUGGAAUUCGCUGUACACACAUAAGCGACGCACACACGACGCCAUCUGCAAGCGGGAGCCUCAGGCCAAAUAUAAUGAAUGGAUCUGUCAGUUCUGCCAGAAGGAGUGUCGCUCCAAAAUGUCGCUCUCGGUGCACGUGGCGCGCAGUCACAACAACAACAAUGUGAUUUGCCCGCUGUGCAAAGCCUCGUACAAGGAUAAGGAGGCUUUGGCUAAACAUAACGCAUAUUGGCAUGAGCCCAUCGAAUGUCAGCUGUGCCUGAAAGUGGUCAAAAAUCGUCGCAACUAUGACACACACAUGAAUGUGGUGCACUCGAACAACAAACGCUACUUGUGCAGUGUCUGCCAAAAGGGUUUCUAUCAUAAAAGUGAAAUGGAGGCGCAUCAGCGGCUGCAUACCCAGUCGUUCAGCUGCGAGCACUGUAGCUUCAUCACGCGCAACAAGAAGUCACUGUCGGUGCAUGUGCUGGGACAGCACUUCAAACGCUUCGCCUUCGAGUGCAAGAUCUGCGAUAAGCGCUUCGGACGUCGCCAGGGUCUAUCAAAUCAUAUGCAGCGUGUGCAUGGCUCCAGGUAUACCUGUCGUGAUUUCUUUGACGAGGGCUGCAGCAAGUCCUUUGGCUCCACGACGAAGCUCAAUAUGCAUGUGCGUAAGGUGCACAACAGCAGCAUUUACCUGGAAGAUGAGCGAGUCAAGGCGGAGGAAGACGAUGAGGGGGGCGAGGAACUGAAAGAGGAGGAGGAAUCAACCAGCGAUGGUCCAUCCACAUCAAAGAAACGCUGCAUACGCAUCAAUGCAAGCACACAAAUCGAGUUUAUAAGCGACACAGCUGUUGCCGAGGAAAACGAGAGCCUCGCAGGCUCGGAAAUCUUUGAGGAGUUUCAAGAGGAGAUCAAGGAAGCGGACGCAGAGAUGCCAGAAUCAAAAAAGCAAAGGCAAUGUUAACAUUGUUGAU